AUGUACAAAUUGGAGCUGGAGAAGCAGGCGAGUGCACAGGAAGUGACGCAUUUGAAGCACUUGCUGGCGAUCUCGGAGGGCAAAACGCGGGAGGUGGCGCAAGCUUUGCAGCAGUUGCAGAGCGAGGAUUAUCCGAGCAAGUUGGCACGCGUGGAGUCGGAGCUAGCACACGGGCAGCAGAUAUCAACGCUCGCUGAAAAAGACCACGAGGACUUGAAGCGAAGAUACCGAGAGUUUGGCGAACAGGUGGAGCAGUACAUGAACGAGCAGACGGAGGAAAAGGCCGCGAUUGCCUUGAAGGGUGAAGAGCGGGUAAAGCAGUUGCAGACGCAGCUGGACAGUGUUGGACGACAAGCUCAGGACGCGCUCAAGGCCAAGCAGAACGAGGUCACGCGGGCGAUGGAUCAGCUGAAAUUCAGACAAGAAGCGUUGAGCAAAGCGGAGAAGAAGAUUGCGUCGCUUUCAGACUGUGUAAAAGCGACGGAAGAUCAGCAGGUAGAGACGAGGCUGCGGCAUGAGAAGCAAAUUGGAGGCCUGGAGAAGGAGAUUAUUCACUGGCGACACGCACUCGAACAAGAGCAAGAAAAGGUUGCCAGUCUUCAGAAGGCGCUAGCGGAGAGCAAAGACAAGUACGAGCGUAAGAUUGUGGCUCUCCAAGACGCGAUAACUCGGCAAAGCCGUCAAGGGGCGCAUGAGAAGGAGCUCGAGGCUCGUACACGCUGGCAAAAUGAGUUCGUUGCGAAGCAGGACGCGCGAAUUCAGGAGCUGAAGGAGAAGUACGACAGUGCUCUGGAGAACCAACAGACGGAGCUGCUUCAAGCUCGACACAUGGCGCUGGAGACAGCGAAUGCUGCAGCGUCCACGUGGGAGAAGGCCAAGCUCGCCCAGAAAGAGGAGGAAAACUUUGAACGAAGAAGACGAGCCGAGGAUGCAGUGCGUGAGAAAGAGCGUAAGGAAGAGCAGCGAGCACUUCAAGUGGCUCAGAGGCGGAUGCAACAAGAGUUCGACGAGCGAGAGAAGCGACUUAUGGAGCGUGAAAGAGCUUUGGUGGAGAAAGAGAAACGGGAGGAGCGUCGACGACAAGAAGAGGCGAAGAAGACAGCUAUUGCGUCACCAGUAGCUGCAACACCAAGUGUCGUCGUCUUGAAUGUAAGCUCCACAGACGAGGAGGAGCUGGAAGGUGGUGAUAGCAUCCUCUUAGCGCAGCAUACUGCAGAGAUAGAAGCCAAGGAAGCUCAAGCUGCUUUGCGGGCGGAAGAGAGGGUGCAGAAACUCAUGCGGGAGUUCCAGGAACGCAAGGAAUCCGAGUUUCGGGCGGCGAUGGUGAACGUGAGGAGAGGCAUUCAAAGACUGGAAAUCUCUCUAAAUGAAGCAAGAGCAGAGAAGAAACGGAUUGAAGAGCAGCUACUGGGUGAGCGUCAGGCUUUCGCUGCUCUCAAGAACGAGUAUGGAGAAUCCAAGGAGGCCAAGCGCACGAUCGCGCAGAGACUGGAGGAAGCGAACGAGAAUGUCGGCAGGCUUCGUACUGUAGUAAGUGACCUGCAAGCCAAGUGUCACUCUCUAGAGGAACAGUGUAAGACUGCAGGCAUCCAGAAAGAAGAGAGCCAGGCUGUGGCUGCUAGUGCUCAGAAAUCCAACGAGAGUCUCCGUGAGCAGCUUGCGCGUCUUACUGAAGCGGCUGCUCGUCUUGAGAACUCUCUGGACACGUCAGUGGAGUCAAGCGAGCAGUCGAAGAAGGAAUUGCUGGACCGGAUUGCUGUACUCGAGCACCAUGUUCAAGCUCGGGAAGAGCAUUUCGAAGCGGAAAUAUCGGCUAUUGAGAUGGAAAACAACCGCGAGCUGCGUAAUGUGUCUUCGCAGUAUGAUACGCAGCUGCGCAAACUCCAGGAAACGAUUGACAGGGCACAACAGAGACACUCGGAACAAGAAGCGAAGGCCAAUCAAUUGGAAUUGUCGGUACGCGAGUUGACGGCUGCGAAGGAUUCUUUGGAGACAUUGGUGGAAAAUAUGAAGACCGAGAGUUUGAAGCAGCGCAAGGAUUUUGCUGAUCUAUCGCGAAUGCACAAGAACCUCACGGACUCAAUGAAUGGCCGAGUAGAUGCUGCAAAUCAAGCUCUGGAAGACGAGCGAAGUCAGCGUGUUACUGCUGAAAUGAGAGCUCUAAAGGCUGAAAAGCUUGCGGAGCGAGUCAAGAUUGAGCGAGAGAAAUGUCUGAGAGCGUAUCGCCAAAGUCUUCAGCAGCUGGCACGUGAGUUGAAGGACGUUCGCAAAGGUGUUUCGAGUGACAUGCAGGUUGGGUGGGUGCACUGGCAGAAGGAGCUCACUUUGGCAGGCGUUGAGUGGAAGAAGCGCACAGCUGAGCUGCUGCAGGAGGCUGAUGCAGUGUGGACACGCAGAGCCAAGCAGGACAAACAACAGUGGAAGAAGCUUAUGAGUCAGAAGGACAAGGAGAUGGAUGGACUGCUUUCAAGUCAACGUGUCAACGAUCAGGUCAAAUACGACCAAGUUGUUGCCAGACUGGAGAAGAAGUCGAGAGAGCUGGAGGAGCUGGAGUCCCGACUUACGACCGCAGUGGAUCUAAAUUCUGACUUAGAACGAGCGUUGCAGAAGCUUGAAGAGGAAAAUAGGCUUCGGUUGGUCGAUCUGUCGAACCUUCAAGAGCGAUUGUCUGUUGCACAGGCUGCUACGCAACAAGAAAGGGAAGAAAAGGAGCGAGUGAAUGCUCUCUUGAAGACGCAGAAAGCCAUGUGUGAAAGAUACCGCAGUUUUGCUGCUUCUCUGGCUGAACAGGGAGGAGCAGAACUUACAGACAAUGUGCUGAGCGACGCGAGAGCUGAGCAUGAGGACGAUCAAUCUGCUUGGAAUCUACGCGUGUUCUCUGAUGAUCUGGCCAAGCUGGCGACGCGUCUUCAAGAAACGCAAGCACAAGCGAUUCGUAAGGCCAUUGCAGAGGCGACGGUGGACACGAAGGAAGGCGUGAGUGGCCCGCUGUUGUCGGAGCUGGAAGCUGCAAAGAAUGCGUUGAAGUUUUUGUGGAACGAGAAAACUGGUGCCGAUGAUAGAGAGUAUGACGGUCACCUUCCAUGGUAUGCUCGCACAGCCAGGACGGUUAAGAAAGAGAGAGAAGCACACGAACAAAUGCUGUCGGCAAUACAACGAGAUAUCGCAGCGAAAGAAGCGGAGAAGAUAAAAAUAUUGGACAGCAAAGUGAAGUGGCAAGAGGCGAACAACCUGCUUCGUUUCGAGAAGGAUACGCUGCUGCGAGAGAUGGAUCUGCUUCAACAAACACUGCAAAAGCGAAAAGAGCAAGAGCUUCUGGAACUCCGAGCGGAGUAUGACGUGCGGAUCGAGCAGCUGAAACAGCGCCACGAUCGCGUAAUUAUCAGAUCGGACCAGGACUUGGAGACUGCCAUGGGCCAACUGAGGGAUAUGCUGGAGUCGGAACGACGAGCUACCAGUCAUGCGAAGAACGAGCUUAUGGAGUCGAAAAUGGCGUUAGAGCGGGCUGAAGAAGACUUAAAAGAAGCGCAGCAAAAGCUUGACAAGGAGACGGAUGAACUUCGAGAAAUGGCCAGCAAGUGGAAGCGGAAGGCCAAGUUAGCCACGAAGAACGGAGGCACUGGAAUGUCAUCACAGGCGAAUUUGCACAUGUCAUCGUCGUCUCUCGGAACAGAAGAAGACUCGGACGCGUCGUACCGCAUGAUGUACCCGCAGUCGCGACGAGCAUCGAACGCCAUGGCAGACUUAUCGAACCUGAUGGAACAAUCCCUCGUGAGUAUCCGGAAGGAAUCGCUGGUGCCUCCGACUACACGGCACCGAUAGACACUAGCAGUCGCUACUGUACAUUUAUAAAAAAUCUAGCCAUAUUGAAAACACGCGCA